AUGUCCGUCUACGGCGGCUACCAGGACUUUAAGGGCUCCAGCUCGGAGCUGUGGACGUUUCAUUUAGAACGUCAAGAGUGGACGCAGGAAGGCGACCGUUACCAGAAAAGUGCCACACCGCCAGGCCGGCACAACCACUCGGCGGUGGUGUACAAGGACGCCAUGUACGUGUACGGAGGCAUGACCGACCUUCAGCUGAGGAGUGACUUCUGGUCGUGGAGUUACAAAACCAAAAAGUGGAGUCGCAUCAAGACGUUGAAGAAUCCGGGCGAGCUGUGCUGUCACAGCGCCAUCGUCGUCGCCGACUCGAUGUUCAUUUACGGUGGAGAACGAGGAGAGGGGCAGGCUAUUGCCGAGUUGUGGCGAUACCGAUUCGAAUCAAGCACCUGGCAGCAGGUGACCGUACAGGGCAUGUUGCCCGGCUGUCGAACACGACACGCCGCAGUGGCCAUUCCCUUCUUCAACUUCAACUUCAACAACAACAACAACAACAACAACAGCUCAGACUGUUAUGACCACAAUCAAGAGGAGGAGACCAGUUUCAUCAUCAGCCAGCACCACCAACACCAUCACCACCAGCACCACUGUAUAUCACCCACAACCACAACAGCCAGUCAGACCACCCAGCAAAAGGAUGAGCAGACGCAGGUGGAGUUUGACUUUGAGCUGCAGCCCAAAAAGUCCAUCUCUCUGUGCUUUGAGCAGCAGCAGCAGGACAGCCAUUCAGGCAUGCCAAUGUCGCCGGCAGAGGCGGAACCAAAGAAGAAGCUAAUCAGGUCUUCAAAAAGUUCCAGCUUUCGUCGACUGAGAUCUGGUCGUGACACGGGAGCAGCAGCAAAGUCGCAACCACAGCCCUCAAUCCUGAUGACCACCAGUUUGCCACCACCACCAUCACAUUCUUCCACUCAAUUGUCCACCGAUGAAGGAGAUCUAAUCACCUCGGAAGAGACGGCCACCACAGGAGGCGGCGACAACAGCUCAACGACCACCGAUGGAGGAGAACACCAACAACAUCAAACAACGCUGGAAAACAAUCAAAACCUUCUCAAUCAGAA